UCCAUCAAAUGAAAUCUCAAGUGGUGUGUUCUUUUAUAUGGCGACAUUCUUUUACUCUGUCUAAGGAAGGAUGAAUUUCACCAGACUUCUUGACCUCGGAAGUCAAAAGUUCAAGACCUACUCGGAGAAAGCGAAGCUUCAGUUCCCCUCAGGAAAUAGGCGGAUAAAGAAAUCGCUUUCGAAAAUAGAUUCACAGAAGGACAACGAAUAUUAUUUGGAUUUAAUUGUUGAGAAUGGCUUACGUGAUUUCAAAACCAACUCAAGCAAAUGUUUCCCUGACUUACCUCCCAGAGACCAUUGUUCUUCCGAAGACUAAGGAGACGACUGUGUUGGACUAUUUCAACAAAGACACUGAUUUCGAGGGUGUCUACUCCAUGGUGAAAGAUGCUGUCGAUGAAGGUCAAACAUACCCUCAAGAAACGAUGGACAGAGACCACUUUGAGCAAUAUUACCUAUCUCAUGAUGUAUUUGUGAUGCGUCACCCCAUAGACCAAAAGAUCAUGGGUUCUUUCUACGUAAAGCCUAAUUUUCCGGGCCGAUCUUCCCACAUCUGCAAUGCUGGAUUUUUAGUGAACAAGGAAUUUAGGAACAGAGGCAUUGGCGAAAUUUUGUUCCGGAAGUAUCUUCGAAUCGCCAAAGAUUUGGGAUAUGAGGGCAGUUUCUUCAAUCUUGUGUAUGAAACGAACAGCGCGUCGGUGAGAAUUUGUAGAAAACUGGGAUUUAAAGAGAUCGGCACAGUUCCGAAAGCGGGAAAGAUGAAAGGGCUUGGAUAUGUCAAUGCCCUUCAGUUUUACUAUGAUCUGACCACAGUUAAAGAAAGUGACUGGCAGAUAUCUUCUUCAUAGAAAAACGUGCACUUGCUAUAGAAUACUAAAACCUUUUAUUACAGGGUGCAUACUAGAUAAUAUAAAUGCUGAUGGUGUUUUUCAUUUUUGCUGAGAACGUUUCGACUAUGAGGAAUUUGAGUUGUUUAACCAGACUGAUUUUUUUUAAAAAAAAGUAGCCUGUUGAAGUAAAAUAUUAUUAAAUCAUGAAAAAAGGAAUCAAGUUUGAUAAUAAAAUUAUUAUAGCAAAAAUGAUGUUCAUCUUUUGGGAGUGUUUUUAAUUUUUAGAAAG